AAUAAGAUUUUUGCAAUAACUUUAUUAGACGAAAACAAUGAAAUUGUUAAAUUAAACAUAUUCCUACAUAUUUAUUCCUUUAUCAUUUCAGUUCAUUUACAAGUCUAUGCCCAACUAUCGUAUAUUUUAAUUCUAAUACUUUUUAUAAGAUUGAAUGUCUUUUUCUAUUAACAAUUGCUACCAAAUACGUUUCCUCAAUAUCAUUCACCUGCUUUUGAUUCUAAUAAUCAACAAAAUGACGGAUAACGUAAAGAAUCGAUCAAUAAAGUUAGUCUUCUAUGCUUGGCUUGCAGGUCUAAACAUACCCAAAGUGGAGGAGUAUUAAGUAUAUAUUCGGUUAAAACGUUUUUAAAUCGUAGCAGAAUUUGUAUAUAAUAUAACGUUCGGCUGCAAAUAUUCAAUGCAAAGGUGUUUCGAUUUCGAACAAGUUCGUAUGAUAUCAAAGGUGUUGGUGGUCAGUAGUAGUGUUACAGAUAGAUAUCAGCUGUUCUAGUAAAUAAAGAACAUUUCGAUAUGGACAUCGUUGACGAUGUCACGAAAAAUGAAGAAAAUAGCGAAGAGGAUAGCAUCGAAUCAAAAGAUGAAAGCGAUUGUCUGUCGGAUAUAAGCGAAGGAAAUGGUAACUGGUAUUAUAUGCUGGAUUCUGUAUUGUUGAACAUAUUUCAAUAUUUAACACCCAAGGAAUUGACAAUCGCUGGAGAAGUAUGUAAAUCAUGGCACAGAGUAUCACACGACGAAUUUCUUUGGAAAAAUUUGUUCUAUCAAACGUACAAAAUAAAUCCAGACGUCGGCAUAAUGCCAGGAAAGACUUCUUGGUUAGGAGAAUUUAAACGUUUAACAUAUCGUAUACCACUUUUAGAAACAGAAGUACUUAAAGAGCAUUCUCAUCAAGUAUUACAUGUUAGUUUUUCCCACAAUGGGAAAAUGUUUGCUACAUGUUCUAAAGAUGGAUAUAUUUUUGUUUGGGAAAGUCAGUAUCCUGUCACCUUAAAAUACCAUCAUGACAUGAAAACAUUUAGUUGGAAAUAUACACAAUUUUCACAGUUUAACUCUUCUGAUACUUUAUUACUUGUAUCUGGUGUACGUUUUGGAACUCCUCUUUGCACUUCUGGUGAAAUAGCAGUAUUUAGAUUAGCACCUGGUUUUAAUCUCCAAUGUAGAGUUACAAAUAAACCCUAUGACAUAUUUGGUACAUGGUACAGUGAGAAUUAUCUUUUAAGUGGAAAUUUAUGUUGGUUAGCACAUUUAGUUAGUACUAGUCUCUUGUGGAUUAAUAAAGCAACUCAAGAGUCAUUUAGUGAACAUGUACCUAUUAUGGCACCACUUUUUAGGUUUUACAAUGGUAAUGCUUCAUCAAUUCGAACAAUAAUGGUGGCUAAUUGCUUGUCACCUGAACAGAAUGAAUCUGAAGAGCAACAGAAUCAACCUUCAACUUCUAAUGCCAAAGAAGAAAAAGGAAAUCCAUUAAGCCAUAGAGAUAUAUCAUCCACAUCUCCUAUUGAUACUAAUCAAGAACAAGAAGAACCAGUUGUUCUUCGUCAUGCAUCAUCUAGAUUGCAAUACAGCACAUUGGAGGGUGGAUUUAUGAAUUGGAAAAGACUUGGUGAUGGUUUUGAAUAUGCUAAUCCUAUACAAUACAAUCAAGAAUAUAGACAAGUAGAGAUGGAGAAAAAGGUUCAAGAAAAUGAUAGAGAGGAUAAUAGUUCUGAAUGGGAUGACAAUGAAUCUGAAGAGUCGCCAAAUAUAGACGAUACGGUUGAUACUGACGAAUUAGCAAAUAAUGGUGAAAAAUAUCUCAUUUUUACAACCGGAUCAAAAACUUAUACACCGCAUCAAGUGGGUUUCAAGAGAAUAAAAAAGUUCAAAUUUCCUACGAGAUUAGAUCCUGGACCAUCGCUACGCGAAAGAUUAGCGCAAAGAGAAAGAGAACGCGAAAGACAAAAUGCUUUGGCAUUGUUAUAUACUAAUUGGUUGGAUUACAGUUCUGUAGCUGACAAUUUUGACAAAGUAGAUCAUUUAAUUGAUUUGCAUGGGCAUAUUAUAGGAAUGGGACUUUCUCCAGAUCAUAGAUAUCUAUACGUAAACACAAGACCAUGGCCCAGAGGCUAUGUCAUUACGAAUCCGUUACAACCUCCGCCGAUAGCCGAAGAAAUUGAUAUACAUGUAAUUGACUUAGUAACGUUAAAACAAGUUGGAACCAUGUUGAGAGCACACAAGUCAUACACACCGAAUAAUGAAUGUUUCUUUAUUUUUCUUAAUGUAUGCGACGAAUAUGUAGCAAGUGGUGCUGAAGAUAAACAUGGCUAUCUCUGGGACAGACAUUACGGUGUAUGUUUAGCAAAGUUCCCACAUUCAGACGUCGUUAAUUCGGUUGCCUUCAAUCCACGUGAUCCUGAAAUGUUAGUUACAACUAGUGAUGAUUAUACUGUUAAAGUUUGGCGUAGUCGCAAUAUGGUUCGAGCAUUGGGAUUGAACGAAGAUUCUUAUCCUAGAGGUAUGGAAGUAAGGAAUAGACAAAAGUUUCAAAAAAGUAGCAGUAACGUUGAUCCACUAAAAGCCAUUAAUAUUCCCAUUAAAAUAUCUGGUUAAAAUUUUGUGAGGUAUUCUAGCUUCUAUUUAAAUUUAUAAUGAAUUAAUACUUUUACGAAGUCAUACAAAAUUAUAAAUUCUAUUUUUAAUGAAUAUAGAAUAAUGGACAAGUGUAGUUAGAUUUUUGCAAAUUCUGCUCUGUAAUUAUUUUAUUAAUUAAAAAAAGAAUUUAUUAUUUUGUGUAACACUAUCAUUAAAAUUUAAAUAUUUAUAACCUUGUUUUAAUGCACAAGGCUGAUCCAUUUCUGUGAUCUUAUUUUGCUAUCACACCUUUGUACGUACCUAAAAUUAUAAGUCUCAUAAAUAGAUUACUAUAUGUAUAUUUUUAAACUUUCAUAAGGCAUAAAAGUGAGAAUUUUUUACAAUUUUA